AAUUUAUAUAUAUAUUUAUAAUUUUAAUGAGGAGCGUACAUGCCGCUUAAUUCUCGGCAAUGUCAGCUCUCGCAUGCCCGAGAUUGUUACCUGCUGCAGGCGUAAGCCACGGUCCGUUCUCCACCAUUUCCAAUUUCUCUCAUCUUUACCCAUUUGUUAUUUCUCCGCUCCGCUUUUUCCCCCUGGCUCGAUCCAGUUCCAAAACUAUUCAUUUUCAUCAUCAUCCAUAUAAUUAUCAGCUCACGAGCUAGAUUUUCCUCAGCAGAUUAAUUAUAAGAUGAUUGAUUUGCGUAUAUUCUUCCUUUGGAUCUGCGGUUAUCUGAUUGGUUGUGGAAUUUGUAGAAGAGAGAGGCAUUUGUUUGAUUAGAACUCUAGCUCAAAUUUGGCCUUGGAUUGAGGAUGCUGAUAUCUUGUGCAUAAUUUGUGUACCUAAUUGCUGUAGAAAAAUGGAUUUUGUAAAUUAGAGGUGUUCUUUUUGUUUGUAAAUAUGUGUUGAAUGUGAUUGAGUCCUCACAAUUCGGGUGCAAAGAGAAGAUAGGAUGGUAUUGAUGUGCAAAAGUGUGUUAGUUUUGAUUUGAAGUUUAAGCUAUUAGGCCUAGGGGAUGGCAGUUUUAGGUGUGGAGAAUGUUAGAUUUCGAGUGUGAGGUUGUGAAAGGUAGCUGAUACGAGAAUAGCUUGAUUAUGCAUUAUUGGUUCGUGGCUUGAAGAGGAGAAGAGUGGCUUGAGGAGCUAAGACAUUGUCUAUAUGCAAGCAAAUAGACCCAGGGGCUUGUUGGGGAACAUGAUCAGGGAGGUGCCUAGCCCGUCUGGUCAUUUGGUUCAGCAAGAAUCUACAUCUGUUGUUCCUAAUGCGGGAAAGAAUGUAAAUAAUAAUAAUAAUAUCUCUGUACAGACAGGUGAGGAAUUCUCCAUGGAGUUUCUUCAGGAGUGUGUUAGUACAAGAGCAAUUCCUGCUAUAUCAGAUGCAGUUCAGAUGCAUGAGAAGAGGGCUGGGUUCAAUCAGAACCAGAAUCACCAUCCGGGGUAUCAAGAUCUUGCCCGGAUUCUUGGGUUGAAAAGAAUGGACUCUGAGUGUGCUUCUGAUAUUUCUGAUUUUGCAUCUGCGAAAGGGUCUUUUAAAGGGAGUGAAAAUGGGUCUUGCAUUGAAAAAUCAAGUAGAUACCAGAAGCAAGAUGGUGAUAUUGGGCAAGUGUCAAGGAAGGCAUUUGGUGAAUUGAAUUGCGAUAGGAGCCAUCCAAAUGGUUUUGGACCAACUACUCCACCCAUUUAUGCAUGUGACUCUCCUAGUUCCAGCAACUUUAGUGGGCAGGGAGUUUCUGAUGGAUCUCAAUCUGGGAAAAUGAAAUUUCUUUGCAGCUUUGGUGGAAAAAUAUUGCCUAGGCCUAGUGAUGGCAAACUCAGAUAUGUUGGGGGAGAGACACGCAUUAUUUCCAUUCAGAAGAGUCUUUCUUGGGAAGAGCUUGUGAGUAAAACUUCUGAAGUUUGCAACCAACCUCAUUCAAUCAAGUACCAACUUCCAGGUGAGGAUCUUGAUGCCCUUAUAUCUGUGUCUUCUGAUGAAGACCUUCAGAAUAUGGUGGAAGAAUACCAUGGGCUAGGAAAGCUUGAAGGUUCUCAAAGGCUGAGGAUAUUUUUGAUUCCUUUUGGUGAGUCUGAAAGUACAUCUUCUGUUGAGUCUAGCACCAUGCAGCAGAGCAAUCCUGAUUACCAGUAUGUGGUUGCUGUCAAUAGUAUAGUAGAUCCUAGUCCUAAAAGAACCUCUGGUGGGCAGUGUUUACCCAGUGAAGGAAGUCAACUAGGACCCGAUUUGGAUCAUAAACAUAGUUUCCACAAACCAUGCCCAAUGUCGGUAAUCUCACUGGAGACUAAGGGUGGUUUUAAUGCCUUGCAUCCAUCUCAGGUUUUCCAUGAUUCCCCAAAUACUAACAGGUCCCCACUUCCAUCUCCUCCUAUUUCUCCACUACCUUUCCAACAUGGAGAUUCCAAAAGUGUUCAUGCACUGCCGAUUGGUGAUGACUCCAGCAUUGAAAGCAACAGUUCCUUCAUUACAGCACACUUGAAUCCUGAGUACUGCAGCACAGAAACUACUAACUAUAAACAUGCCCAACAGGUUCCACCUGCUUUGAUGAAUUAUAAUCACCCUCAUGUAAAGGUUGAUGCUGGCCAGACAUACCAAGCUUAUGGAGGGCAAUUGCUAAACCCUGACCCCGGCAAAGAUUCUUUGACUCUUUCCGUUUUAAACAAAAAUAAUAGUGAUUAUAAUGGUGUCUCGCAUGAGAGGUCUAUGCGUAAGGAAAUAUCAUUCCUUUCAGAAAAGCCUAUCUCACAUGCUGAAGCUCGGCUGAGUCUGUUGUCAGAAUCUGUUGAUUCCAUUGAUUCUCACCUAGGCAUGUCACAUGCAUUUUCUGAUUCAAAGCUACAGGAGCAUGGAGGGAGGUCUGCUUACUGUUCACAAGAAGGAAUGAGCCCAUCUUCUCCUUUAAAUUUUGCAAGGACUCAACCACCUUCCCUUAUUGUUUCAAAUGCUGUGCAGGAAAGGUUGAUGCAACGGCAUGAUAACAUUGAUCUUAUAAAGCCCAGGGAAGAAAAUGAUUUGCCAGCUAUUGAAUCUACAUCAAAGUCAACACUGGAUAUGUUGAACUGUUCUCCACAUUCUGAACCUUCUGUCUGGAAUGAAACCAUUCAUAAGGGUACUGGUGACAGGAAUGACAAGUGCCAAACAGCUAAAAUUGAUUUGAGUAAAUCAAGUUUUGUGACACCAAACAAUUAUGAUGAAUAUACUACAAGCUUGGAUUCCAGGAACAGGUCUGAUAAAUGUGAUGCAUUUCUUCAUCAAGGUGGAAAGCAAUAUGAGCGGAGAUCGCCUGGUAGCAGUAUGGAAUACAACAAUAAAUCAUCUAAUGCAGACUGUAGCCAAACUUCUGUUUGUGGUAUUGAUUCUUGGGGAAAAGAUUCACAAGUCUCUCUGAAGAUGGUUACUUCAUCCUUCGUUAUAAAGAAUAACAUGGAGCAUCUGCAGACCGUGGACAAAACCACCUCUGAUAUGGUUGAACAUUGUGGAUUUAAUGGGAAAGUAAUUGAUGGACGAGGGAACAUUACUUCAUGUACCCAGAACCCUGAAGUAACUGGCUUACUUCCAAAGACUGGACAAGACUCAAGAAUUGAGACCCCACGGGGUGGUAUUAUCCGUGAGUCAUUGCAUGGCCCAAUGUCUCAUGAACGACCACCAUUGCAGCGUGUUGCAUGUCGAAAGGAUAUAUCUAAAGAAGAUCAACUGAAGAGCUCAAUCAAUUUGCAAACAUCUGCAGUUCAUGUAGACCCUGGUCUGAGCUCAAACUUGCACAAGGAUGACCUUCAUGCUGUGUCAGAGAAUCCAGCCAAAUAUGCAGCUUUUAAGACAGAGGUUUCUCUCAUUGAUGAUGACCUUAAUUAUCUCAAUCAGAAUGCUGAGAGGAUUGUGCUUAUAGGAUCUAUGUAUGAGAACUCAAUUGUAGAAGAUGUUAUGGUUGCUCAGACAGAACCCUCAAGCAAGAACAAAUGUCAAAUCCAACCUGAGCCUGUAGUUAUCUUGGAAGAUGUGAUCACUAGUGUGCCUUCCGGGGCUCAAGUUUCAUCUGCAGUUGUCCCACGUGUGGAUGUAAUCAGCAGUGAUCUCAUAUCUCCUAUUGCAACAGAGCUGGAUGAUGUCAUUCCAGAAUCUGAGUCUGAGGAUGCUGCAGCUGAUAUUCGAGACAAGGAUGAGUCCUUCAGUGAUGCCAUGAUAGCUGAAAUGGAAGCCAGCAUCUAUGGCUUGCAGAUUAUAAAAAAUGCUGAUCUUGAAGAACUGAGGGAGCUAGGAUCUGGUACAUAUGGAACUGUUUAUCAUGGAAAAUGGCGGGGAACAGAUGUUGCUAUAAAGAGAAUAAAAAAGAGUUGCUUUUCUGGAAGAUCAUCUGAGCAAGACCGGCUGACCAAAGACUUCUGGAGAGAAGCACAGAUUCUCUCAAAUCUUCAUCAUCCAAAUGUGGUUGCAUUUUAUGGAGUAGUACCAGAUGGAACUGGAGGAACCUUGGCAACUGUAACUGAAUAUAUGGUAAAUGGAUCACUUAGGAAUGUCCUACUCAAGAAGGAUAGAUCACUUGAUCGUCGCAAAAAGCUUAUAAUUGCCAUGGAUGCAGCUUUUGGCAUGGAAUACUUGCACUCCAAAAACAUUGUCCAUUUUGAUCUGAAAUGUGACAAUUUGCUUGUCAAUUUAAGGGACCCACAACGACCCAUAUGCAAGGUUGGAGAUUUUGGAUUAUCAAGAAUCAAGCGCAAUACUCUUGUUUCUGGAGGUGUGCGAGGAACCCUCCCAUGGAUGGCACCAGAACUGUUAAAUGGUAGCAGCAACCGAGUUUCUGAAAAGGUUGAUGUGUUCUCAUUUGGAAUUUCAAUGUGGGAAAUCUUGACUGGGGAGGAGCCAUAUGCCGAUAUGCAUUGUGGUGCCAUUAUUGGGGGGAUAGUGAAGAACAGUCUUCGACCUCCUAUUCCAGAGCGUUGUGAUCCCGAUUGGAGGAAGCUGAUGGAACAGUGCUGGUCUCCUGAUCCUGAAUCUAGACCAUCAUUUACCGAGAUAACAAACAGAUUGCGAUCCAUGUCUAUGUUGCUUCAGCCCAAGGGACAUAACAAUCAGGCAAGACAAACAAGGCCUAAUGUUACGGCUUGAGUCAAUCAUUAUACGCGAGCACCUGUUUCGUUUGCAGGUACACCUCUGAUCUUCAAGGAUGAGCAUGAAUAGUGUUUGAUCAUUGAUGGCCAAAUUUUUUUCCCUCUUCUCACCUUUGUUAAUAAAUAUAUCUUGAUUUGUUUAUUCUUUUUGUAAUAGAGUACCUGAGGUCAUACUAGUAAGCCGCCAAGAGAACAUUUAUAUAGAGUUGUCCAACUAGUUUACUAUGGAUGAUUUUGUUGAAAAUAGUAUGUCUAUAUGUAUAUACACUCAUUCAGAAAGAAAAAAAAAAGGGCAUUAGGUUAGAGUUGCUUUGAUCUA